AUGCUUGCCUUGAUCAUUGGUUUUGAUCCCAAGUCUUCCACUGCCAUUUCUAAGUGUAUGAUAAUGGGUGCUGCAGCCAAUGCUCAUGCUAGGCAUCAACAUAGGAGUUGCCUUCAACGUCAUGUUCGCCAACUGGAUGGUCACAGUUCUACUUAUAUCAUUCUUAGGUACAGCAGCAAAAGCUUUAAUAAAGGGCAUAGAAACAUGGAAGAAAGAGACAAUGAUGAAGAAGAAAGCAGAAAAGCAGUUGGAAUCAGAGUCCAAACCUGGCGAUUCUUGAGAUUGAACUACUGCAUCUGCGAAGAAGAACGAACCUAUGAUGUAGAUGGUUGGCUUGAUGCAUGGAAGGCAGCUCUUCCAAAAGACCUUGAACAACAGAAAUCUGCCCACCUGUUACAUUAA